GAGGAUACCAACAAGAGUACUUCCAACAACUGAGAAUAACCAGCAUCUUUGAAAAUGAAAGCAAAUUGAGCUUUCAGGAAAGCACAUAAUUCUUCUCUUUCCCCAGCUGGUGAGAGACAAAGGAGAGAAAAUCCAGAACAAAUUUCAAACUGGAAAAAAUAAAGUAUGCAGAACUCAACCACAUAUUACAUAUAAAGGUCAAAGGAGAUUAAUUUUUCCAUUCAGAAAAAGAGGGAAAUCUCUAGACAUGAGUGAGGAAGAAAAAGACAAUUGGAUAGCCACAAAAGGUAGACAGUAAUGCAGGUCUUUAGACAGUAAUGGAGGCCUUGCCCUAUGAGGAAGAAAACAGUAGCUUGAAUCAAAGAUCCAUGUAACAAAAGAUCACAUGUAUUUUUGAACCCUUCGAGAACCUCAGUGGUGGAAAAGCUCCAUAGAUGUCCCUGUUGUGGGCAAAGCACACAGAGCAAAGUACAGAUAAUGCAUAAGAGGAUCCACUCUGGGGGAAAGCCAUUCAAAUUAUCCGAAUGUGAGUAAAGAUUUAGUUAAAUCAGCUCCCUUGUGGUUCAUCCAAGGACCCACACAGGAGAGAAGCCCUAUAACUACUCCCAAUGCAGUAAUCGCUUUUUGCAAGCAUGGCAACCUGAUGAUACAUCAGAGGACUCACACAAGGAGAAGACCCCUUGAAUGUGCUGAUUGUUGGAAAACUUUCAGUCAGAAUUCCAACCUGAUGGUAUAUUACAGGAUGCACACAGGAAAGAAAUCAUAUAACUGUCCUGAUUGUGGAAAAGGUUUCAUUGCAAAUUCCCACCUGGUGAUACACCAGAGGACUCACACAGGAGAAAAACCCUUUGAAUGUCCUGAUUGUGGGAAAGGUUUCAGUCAGAAUUCAAGCCUUGUAAUACACCAAAGGACUCACACAGGAGAGAAACCCUUUGAAUGUUCUGAUUGUGGGAAACGUUUCAGUUGGAAUUCCAAUUUGGUUAAACACCAGAGGACUCACACAGGGGAGAAACCGUUUGAAUGUCCUGACUGUGGGAAAAGUUUCAGUCAGAAUUCUGACCUGGUAAACCAUCAGAGGACUCACACAGGAGAGAAACCCUUUGAAUGUCUUGAUUGUGGCAGAAGUUUCAGUCAGAAUUCCAACCUGGCGACACACCAGAGGAUUCACACGGGAGAUAAACCCUUUGAAUGUCCUGAUUGUGGCAAACGUUUCAGUCAGAAUUCCAACCUGAUGACACACCAAAGGACUCACACAGGAGAAAAACCCUUUGAAUGUCCUGAUUGUGGGAAACAUUUCAGUCAGAAUUCCAGCCUGGUGAUACACCAAAGGACUCACACAGGAGAGAAACCAUACGAAUGUCCAGAUUGCGGGAAAGAUUUCAGUAGUAGGUCUAGUCUUAUCAGUCAUGUAGUUUUACACACAGGGGAAAAACCUUUCAGAUGUCCAAUCUGUGGACGGUACUUCAGACGAAAAUCAUCUUUUAUUGCACACAAGGUAAUCCAUAUGAGGCAAGCACUGCCAGGUUUAGAGAAGGCUUGAAUGUCAUUUCUGAUUCCCCAUUGGAAGUGUAAGUUAGAAAUUGACAAUUUGAAUUGUGGCUUGAUUCGUUUUAGUCGGCAUCUCUCAGGAUUAUAAUUUUAGGGUUAGGUGCAGAGAAAAAAAUGGAAAAAAAUAGUUUGAUAAAGGCUAACUAACUCUUUGUGUUGGUCAACAGAGGUGACUGGAUAUUUUCUUUUACAGAAUUUGUGUAAUUUGUCAAAAUGGCCUUUGUGUGAUGUUUUUUGUAUAUAGAUUAUUGAAAUCCUA